AUGUCGACUAGUCCGCCAGUGGAAGAAGAGCCUGUGCAGUCGCCCCGCGACAAUGACAAAAACUCAGACUGCAAGCGUCCCAAGAAGCGGUUUAAGCCCUUGAAGUCGUGUGCUUUCUGCAGGAAGCGGAAGUUGAAGUGUGAUAAGCAGAAGCCGCGGUGCUCUUCCUGUGCGAGGAGGAACUUGCCCGUGUGUGUAUACAUUGAGAAUGCGUUUACUGCUGAGAUGGUACAAAACGGUACUGUCUCUAGCUUACAGCUCCUGGAGAGGAUACGAACGUUGGAAAAACAAUUAGCGGAUAAGGAGACGAAGAAUAUGCUGAAGAGUAUAAACGAGUCACGAUCUAAUGACUACGGUCUUAAUAUGAUGAGCGACGCAUCUAAAUCUCCCUUGGGCAUUCCAGGAAGUAUAGAUACUUUGUCGCCAGACAGUGUUUCUGGUAGGUCUUCAUACUCCGUGAAUCCGUACCUAAAUCAUAGCUACUUGCAGGCCAAGAGUUAUGGUAGAGUGACCCUAUAUGGGCCUACAUCGCUACGAACAUACAUCUUAAAUCAGAACUCUGAUUUCGCAAAAAAAUAUCAAUCAUUAUGGGUAAAAAUCAAGGAGGAAAGACAAAAAUACAAGAAGAAGCAUGAAAUUUCUCUGUUAAGAGAGCUCAAAACUGUAGAGACAUUGCCAAUCAGUGAUCAUGGCUCUCUUUUGGCUGAUAUAUGUAAAGAACUACCUUCCUAUGCUCAAAUAGCACAGAUUGUUUCUUCUUUCUUUGACACCGAAGAAACAAAUGAACUUAAUCAGAUAUUGGAUAAACAGAAGGUUAUGAAGGAUUUUGCUGAUUAUUUUAUCACAGGAAAUAGAAAGAAUGAUGAUGGUGAGCUAUUAAUUGAAAAGCUUGUUCCAGAUAACAAGUACAAUUUAUACAAACUUGGGAUCAUCCUCAUGAUUUUGUGCAUAAAGCAUUUUUUUGAAGAAAUGCCAGCUUCUAUUGAGAAGUAUUUUAUCUUCAUUGCAGGGUUAACCUCAGGGAAAACAAUGUAUAUUGAAAAGGCUCAGUUUCUGGUAAUGUAUUGCUACUACAGAACAAUUUACUCAUCUAGAGGAGAUACAACACAUUUAUUAAAUCUUUUGUUUUCUCUUACAGGAUUGGUUCAGACAUUGGCGCUAAAUACUGAUCUGGAACAUACUUACGGAAAUAUGCAAAACUUGGUUGGAAGCAUUGACAGCCUUAAAAAACUGUACGUAUGGAUACUAUAUCUUGAUUAUUGGGUCUGUUUUGAAGCGGGACGACCCUUACUUUUGCAAUAUAAACCAAAUGAAUUGAAGCAAAUCAAACCGUCAAAAAAUCAAUAUGAUUCUUAUUAUAAGCGCAUGAUUGGCUUUUUAUCAUUAGCAAGACCAAUGAUGAAUGUGUUAUUUAAUUCUGCUGUUGAUCCGCCACUAAAUGCAUAUUGUAAACUGAUUUAUCAGUUUAUAGAAGAUGAAUUUAGAUCCAUAGGUAACUGUCGAAAUUUGUCACUAGUUGAAAGCUUUCCAUUAAAUGACCUAAGAGUUUUAACAUUGGCAUUGGCAACGCUAGAAACCUUCUACUCAAUGAGAAUUAAAUAUAGAAAUGAAGAUGACGUCGAUUUGAAGGAUGAUAGUGUUCAUUGUUUAACUGUGUCACUAUCUCUGACAAUAAGCUUGCUUGUACGAUGCUUCAAUAUUGAUAAAAUCAAAAACAAAGAAUUUUUUAGUCCGAAUUGCCCUCAUUUACCUCCUUAUAUGGCACUAUCAAUUUCAAUAUCUAAUAAUUUAUUUGCUCGGUCCAUUUCAAUUUUAUCAGUGUUCUUAUACUUCAAAGUAACAUUGUUUGAAGAUAAUCCACGGCUACUAUCCCGACCAGAGGAAGUAGGUUUUGUAAGCCCAGGUUUGAGACGAGGCAAAGGUAAGUCAAUUUCAGUAUUACAUGCAUUUCAAGAAUAUUCUGAUGUGUUUGAUAAUUUCCUAAGUAUGGAAAAUAAUUCAAUGAAAAAUAUCAUGUUAAGAUCCUAUAUCUUUUUCAUUCAAAUCUCUUUGGAGAAGGUUAAUCGUAAAAUUAUUGAUAAAGUUAUCGAAUAUAGGAAGAAAACUGAAGAAACUAUGUUAAGGAAUGAAACUCGUCCAACAGCAAACGAGUAUGUCAAAGACAAUGCGGUAAUGCAUGAUUCGGCAACCUUAAAUCAAUCAAUAACAACGGGAAGUAAUGAACUUAAUAAUUCGAAGGUAAUGCUUCCCUCAAUUGUUGGAAAAGAUUAUAAUAAUAAUACAUAUUAUAAGCAGGGAAUGCCAAAUAUCAUGGGUCAAAAUACGAAUGCCAAUGUUGGCCAAUACGUUACCAAUAGAUUUCCUAAUAAUAUAGAUCAGGUGGAUAUGAUGUCAAACGUAUAUCAAUCUGCAAUGCUAUCACCCAAUAACGGCUCACCGUAUCCACGAUCUCCUUCUGUGCAUAGCCCAUAUAAUGGGAGACUUCCUGGGGCACAAGGCGAUGGAUACCGUCAAUAUGAACAAUCCACUAGAAAUAUCCAAUAUGAGGCGUAUCCAAGUCAAAUGCAACUCCCUAAUCGUACCAUCCCACAAAUCGCCGAUCGUUCUCCAUAUUCCCUAUCUUCCCACUCAGGUGUGGGUAGUCCUCAGGCAAUAAUUCCUACGGUAAAAUACACUCAAGAACCAAAAUCCAUCGGCUUACCACCACUAGCUUAUAAGAACGACAGCCCGUUUGGUGAACGUCCGAAACCACCUAGCUUAGACAAGUAUGAUGAAGCACAAUUCCCAAGCGGGCAUGCGAUGGCAAAGGGAAUCCCAAUAGCCAAUAUUGCCAAUCCAGCGCAAAUGCCUAAAGUAAUGUCAACUAACCCAUUAUCUCAGGCCAUGGCAGAGGAGUUCUGGCAGAACUACAACCUUGGAUGGGAGAAACUUGUCAGCCAGACAGACCCCAGCUCAUUCAUCUAG